GGAUAUCAGAACCUGACCAGUCAACAUUCAACGACAUGCAGAAUUUAAAGACGUUGCGGGACGUUUCGCUUCUCGCUGUUGGCGUUUUAUACCUAGUUACGAAAAUCCACGCCGACGAUAUCUGUCGCCCGAAUCCCUGUGGAUCCAACACGCAAUGCCUCCCAAGGGACAACCGACCAGUGUGCGUCUGCCUUCCAGGAUAUUGGGGCAAUCCAUUGACUUACUGCCAACGUGGUGAAUGCGCAGAAACUGCCGACUGCGGAGGAAACAAGGUAUGCCGAGAUUACAGGUGCGUUGACGUAUGCACAGGUCAAUGCGGUACAAACGCUCAGUGCACACCAAGGAACCACGUACCGGUCUGCACCUGCCCUGCGGGUUACACCGGUGAUCCUUUGACUCACUGCCGUCCAUUCCAUCCACAGGAACUUUGCAACCCAAGCCCAUGCGGGCGCAAUACUCGUUGCGAAGUGGUCAACGACGUGCCUACAUGCAGCUGCUUGCCGGGCUACGUCGGACAACCUCUCUCCGGUUGCCAUCACGAAUGCGAUUUGGACAGCGACUGCGGCCCUCAGUCUAAAUGCGGAACUGAUUACAAAUGCACACCCGUCUGCACAGCCGGAACUUGCGCCAAUAAUGCACGGUGCGAUGCAUCAAACCAUAGGGCCGUUUGCACUUGCCCUCCGGGUACUUUCGGUGAUCCUUACACAUCUUGCAACCUGGAAUGUGAAAGUCAUUACGAUUGCCCUUCGGGCCGUCCGGCCUGCAGCGCUGGAAAAUGCAUCGACCCGUGUGCAGGGCAGUGUGGUGUCAACGCAAAUUGCAGAGUCAAAGACAGGACGACGCCGGUUUGCAGCUGCCCGAGACACAUGACCGGCGACCCGUUUGUGUCUUGCAGGCCAUUUGAAAAAUCGGAUCUGUGUAUUCCGAACCCAUGCGGUACCAAUGCCCAGUGCACUCCCGGCCACGACAGAUCUGGUAACGAACGUCCGGUCUGCACCUGCCUUCCGGGAUACCUAGGAGAUGCUUUGACAUCCUGUAGGAGAGGCGAAUGCUCAUCCGACAGGGAAUGCUCGCACGAUAAGACAUGCGUGAACUAUAUGUGCAGAUCAACGUGCGAGGUCGGCUCGUGCGGACAUGGUGCGCAAUGUACUCCGAGGGACCACACUGCCGUUUGCACCUGUCCUCCAGGAACGACAGGACAACCUUUGACGUCCUGCAGAACCAUCCCAGCACCCGUGGCCGCCCGCAGCAGGAACGGCCGCCUCUACUACCUCCGUCGAUGAUCUUUUCCAUCUUGGAACAUUUAAUAAAUGUGAAAAAAGUCGAUGUAACAAUCAUUUAUAAGUAUGUAAUAUAAUAAUUAGUACAAAA